AUGCAUACACGCCUUGUUGACUCCUUUUGAUCAGUCCUCAUUUCGCUUUAAACAAAGUCGAAAUGAUGAAGCUCUUGCUUAUUUCGUUGGUCAUAGUCUCCAUUCUGGCCGAGGACUUUCCCGUUUGGCGUCAUGUUUACAAUCCCAAACCUAUUCAAGGUGACGUGGGAGAGCCUUUGUACUUGACUCCGUACAUUCAAAGUGGAGACUUGGAAAUGGGUAGGAACUUGGCAAAGGUUGUGGAGCCUUUAGAUGGUCUGGAAAACGAGGACGUAGAAAGCUACUCAGGAUUCUUGACGGUCAAUGAAGAGACCGACAGCCAUAUGUUCUUUUGGUUCUUUCCCGCAACGGAAGUGGAUUCAUCGGAAGCUCCGUUGGUGCUCUGGUUGCAAGGAGGACCUGGAAGUUCCUCAAUGCUCGGGCUCUUUGAAAUCAAUGGACCCUUGAGCGCCGUUUAUACCGAUGAAACUCAAAGCGAUACUGAGGCCAAGAUCAAUCCGUACUCUUGGAAUCGAAAAGCCAAUAUGAUUUAUAUCGAUAACCCCGUAGGAACUGGAUUCAGUCACACAUCCUCGGGUUUCGUGGACACUCAAGAACAAGUGGGCGUGGAUUUGUAUGAAUGUUUGGUUCAAUGGUUCACCUUGUUCCCUGAAUAUCAGUCCAACCCUUUCUUUGCGUUCGGCGAGUCAUAUGCCGGGAAAUAUGUGCCCACCAUUUCCAAGAAGAUCCACGAUGAGAAUCAGGUCUCCAGCUUCAAAAUCAACUUCCAAGGAUUGGGGAUUGGCAACGGGGCCAUGUCUCCUGUGGACUCCAAUGUCUACGCGGACUACCUCUAUCAGGCGGGUUUGUUGGACGAAAUCGACCGAGACGAGCUUUUGAGAAGGGAGCAAAAUAUGAAGGAGCACGUGGCUAAUGAAAAAUAUUUUUCUGCUUGGCUGUCCUGGAACUCUGAGGUGAGUUACUUCCUGAACAAAAUGGGAUGUUCCUAAACGCUUGGCAUUAAUCAAUGUCAUGAAUUUGACGAGGAGAACAACUUCGAGGAUUUCAUUAACAAAGAAAGUACGCGAAAGGCAGCUCAUGUGGGGAAUCGUCCAUUUGGAUCACAAUCUGGAGCCGUUUAUGAUCACUUAAGAGAGGAUAUUUUCAAGUCCCAAAAGGCUACAGUCGAGUUUCUGCUUGACCGCUAUCGGGUAUUGCUUUACAACGGAAAUUUGGAUAUCAUUUGUCAUCACACAGGAACCUUGAACAUGUUCCAAGCCAUGGAAACAUGGUCAGGCUUGGAUGAAUAUCACUCUACAGAUGCUGAGGUGUACCGAGUUGACGGGAAAGUUGCUGGUUAUUUGACCUCAGUUCAAAAUCUGCGACUCUUUGUUAUGAGAAACGCUGGACACAUGGUUCCUAGAUCACAACCAGAAAAUGCUUUUGCCAUGUUCAAUGACUUCAUUUCCGAUGAACUGUAAGGCUUGAAAUAGAACCAUUGACAAAUGUGACGGCUGGGUUACGUAUUUGUUCACUUUUAUUCGUGUUUUUUUUUAUGAGGAUGAUAGUAUGUACAACACAAGACUAGGAUAUUUGGUAAAUUGUCAACAUCUGGAUUUGAAGUAAUAUUCGGUGCUCGCAAUGUUAUCAAAUAUAAGCAACAUUUAAGUAAAGAAACAAAACACAUAUAUUCACUCAAGUAAAAGAAAAUGAUUCGGAUUUUUGAAAUCCACAGCAAAAGGCUUCAUGUUUGCAUGGAGGGGGUCAUGCUUUGGAAUGAAAUAAAACAAAUAUUAAUUUACGAAACAAGAUCAUAAAAUAAAAUGAAUGCUGGUGUAGAGACAUGCGCUUUAUAUGAAAAUUAAACCUUAAAAUAAAGUCAUGAGAAUGCCUCAAUCCGCAAGCACAAUUCUGUUUGUUGUUUUUUUUCUUCUAAAUUGUGGUCAAGGGGAGAGGCUCUUACUUAUUAUCAAACGUAGCGGGUGGAGAGGCCUAAGUUUUGGAUUUGUAUACUAUUCGAGGGUUUGUAAUGGAGAUUUCGACAAGAUCAUACAUGUAAAUUUCGGUGCUUAAAGAUACUGAACAUAAUGAUACAACCUUAAACGCUAGCUAGAAGAAUGAUGAAAGCACUAUGUACAGUUGCUGUAACUUCAGAGAGGUCGACCACGGCACUUUUGUGGGCUUUUGUGCUAAAACUCUUUGUAGAAAGCCACACCACUGUCGUCCUUUGUAAUUGGCGCCAAUUUGUGGCAGUGUUUCCCGGGAAUGCAGAUGUUCUUGGCUCAAAUCCAAACGGAUUCACCAUCCAGAGUCAUGUGAACAAAUCUGGAGAUAUAGAGAGAGGUUCCGUGAUUCCGCGAUGAAAAGGCACGCCUUCAAAGCCAACAACAACCCGAAACAAGUUCACAACGUCGUUGGGAAACCUGUUCCGCAAAAAGACGUGGGGUGUUGGGUGGUUUCAAAGCUUCAAUCCGAGUUAUAAGAAGGGACACUAGGCCCAGACAAAGCCAGGUCAGGGGGGUGAGUGGUUGAGCAACGGCCUUAAACCUAACAUAAGGCUUUGGGGGGACAAAACCUUAAGUUCGGGGAGAUGUGUUGAGUUAUGAUAAAAGUUAUGAUGCGAGAGAAAGAGAGCAUUUGCAGGAUUAAAGUGGAUCUUAAGAGGCUAAUUCAGUCUUGAAGGAGAGAUGAAUUUUGGUGCUGCAGGAGAACAACUGGUUAUGCUUCUGUCUUUGACUCUGCAUUGUCUGGAGAUGGUCCACCAACAGCAUUCAUUUCUUCCUCCUGGUACCUAGAAAUUAGUGAUCGUUAGUCCUCUUUGCCUUCCAUUCGGCGUUCUCAUCAAUGGAUGGUGCCAACCGGUUGGGGAGUUUGGACCUGCUACUCCAGAACACCUUGUUCAAGACUCCUCACUUACCCUUUAGCCGACUUCUCAACAUCUGCCACGGACUCUGGCAUUCUCUUGUUCAAAGUCUCGGGCAACGUAAGGGCGAAAACUCCUGCCGUGCAUGAGAACAACCCAAAGAUGAUAACUGGUAUAGCAGGGUGGACUGCUCCC